UAGGAGAGUUUAUUUAAGACGCUUCUGUAAAAGCCGUUUCCUGUCUUCAGUUAGUUCCUAUCACCAUGGUUACCCAGCGGUUAGGAUAGGAUCUGCUGGUUUCUGAAAUGCGGCCCCUGCAGCGAAAAUGUUACCAAAGUACCAGCGGGUAUAAUCAGCAAAAUGUACUUCAUGUCCUGUACCUGUAGUACUGUUAUAUAUGAGAGUAUUACUAUUCGUCAUCAGUGAAGUAAAGCAGGAUGUUGCUCCAGCACCAGGCCACAACAGGAGCCCGAGGACGCGAUGAGGUCACAGCAGGAGGUCACGAGGUCACAGACAUAGGAAGGGUACUUUUAAAUAGACCCCCAGACUGGGUCAUGUGACCAAAGGCUAAAUUUAUGUGACUGCUCUGAGGUCAGAUUUCAACCGAGGACACGCAGCAUGGAGGACGGCUGCUGCUACAAGGAUGACCAGAGGGAGGACGCAGCUGCAGGUCAGAGGUCAGAGGUCAUCCUACCUGUGACAUCACAGGGCUGACAGGAAGUGGUCGCCAUGGUGGGCGUGGCGGCGUGCGGCUCGGUGAGAUCCAUCAAGGCUCUGUGGGAGACCAGGAUCAGGAGGAUCCAGGAGGAGCAGCAGGAGGAAGAGGAGCAGAGGAGGAGGAUGGCGAGGGGCGGGGCCACAGGCAGACUGAGUGUUGGCGUUUGGGAGGACCGGGCGGCUCUGGCUCGGCUGAAACAGAAGCUGCAGACUGAAGACGGACGCCUGGUCCUCCGGAUCGAACAGGAGGAGUGGAAGUCGUUGCCUGGCUGUCUGGUCCAGCUCACUCAGGUCCAGGAGUGGCAGAUUCACCGGGCUGGACUGCAGAAGAUCCCUCACUUCAUCUCCAGCUUCCAGAACCUUUUAGUUCUUGAUCUGUCCCGCAACGGGGUCACCGAGAUCCCCAAACAGAUCGGGAAGCUGACUCGGCUCAGAGAGCUCCUGCUGAGCUUCAACAGAGUCCACUUUGUUCCUGAAGAGCUGAGCUGCUGUGAGAGCCUGGAGAGACUGGAGCUGGCCAUGAACCGGGACCUAAACCAGCUGCCAGACCAGCUGAGGAACCUGAAGAGGCUCCAGCACCUGGACCUGUCCAUGAACGCCUUCACCUGCGUGCCGGACUGCGUGGUCGGGCUGCCGGCGCUGGAAUGGCUCGACAUGGGAGGAAACCAGCUGCAGCACUUACCUGAAGACAUUCACAGGAUGGAGAUGCUGCACACUCUGUGGCUGCAGAGGAACCGACUGGAGAAACUCCCAGACAACAUCAGCAGGAUGGCGAGCCUCGACACGCUGGUUCUCAGCAGCAACAGACUGCGAGACAUCCCCCCUCUGAUGGAGGGCAUGUCCAAGCUCAGCAGGUUUGUGAAUUUCCGGGACAACCCUUUGACCCUGAAUGUGACGCUGUCGUGCAGGAAGACAAAAACCGAGGUCGAUGAAGACGACAGCGAAGAGGAAAGAGAGAUGUUUGGACGAGAGUUCAUGCAUAUGUACAUCCAGGAGUCCAGAAAGAGAGCGUACGCCGUGCUCAACGUGCACUGUGCCCACCAUUAGUACCAACACCGUGAGUCUCUGAGUCUCUGAGUCUCUGUCUCUGAGUCUGAUAUCAUUUAUUUUAUAUGAAACCUUUUGGACUGAACCAGAAAAGACAUCAGAGCCUUGAUAAUCCCUGUUUCUCUUUCCUUUCUGGUCGUAUGACACUGUGAGAUCAGUGGCGGUGUUGUUGUGAGAAUCCUGACUUCCAGUCCAGAAACACUGGAUCCUACAUUUCCCAUGAUGCACCUGGACUGUUCACUAGUUUGUAAUGCUGUUCCAGAUUGUGCUGAAUGAAAACAGCGUGUUUUACCUGCAGAGCAGAGUGAACUCAGGGUAACAAACUCUGAGCGCCCACACUGGUGUUAAACUACAGCGGUGGAUAAGAUGUUGGUUAGCUGAGUCAGCGUUAACUUAAUUGGAGCGUUCAUAUAAAAAGGGCCAUGUUCGGCCAUGCAGGCAGAGUUUCUCCACAACGACGCAUGCUCUGUAUUUCUCCAGAAGAACGCGUGUCGACAGGUGUCAGGAUGGGAGGGGUUUAAAGAAGCCAGGGAGGCUUGUUGGCAUCGCAUGGAGUAAAUCUGUAAUUAUCUUCACAGGUUUCUGGUUGUAGGCUGAUUCUUUAUUCUGUAUGAGCUUUUCUUUUAUGUGUAAUCUGAUUAAGAUGUAAAGGUGCAACUGCACACAAGGUCCAUUGUAAUAAAAACAUUGGAGCCAGGAACAAACUAAUAAUCACAAAUCUACAAGUUAAAACUUUAAUAUUUUCUCUGACAUUGUAUUUAUGAGAGAAACUCGGCUGCAGCAUCACACACUCCUCUGCCUCUGUGUGUUAUAUUAUAUAUGCGGAUUCAGCAGUGAGGAAACGCUCGGGAGUACCGCCCACAGUCACUAUCAUGCACCUGAGAGCCUUCACUGUGGAUUAUUAAGAAGAAAACUCCAGAGGGACUUGGAUUUUUAUCAGGGUUUUUCUGAUUUUCGAUCUUGGAAAUUUGUCACUUUCAUCUUGGAUUUUUUUCUCGGUUUAGGCUAGGCCUAUUAACCUCUGACCCUGGCUCUGUAUUUUUUGGACACGUAAAAUGGUCAAUCUAAAUAUGGCAAAACUCUUAGAAGGAUUCAUUUGCAGCCUACAGAUGGGCUCCAUCUCAGAAACUGGCCCAUUAAGUACUUCAGAUCUCCUCCCUAAAUCACAGCUCGGCUGCAGAGGACCAAGUAUUAAUACUUCUCCUCAGUAACGCUGAGUACAGAUGGUGUGUAUUAAUACUUCUCCAGCUUCUUAGCCCAGGUAACACCUUAAAAUGAGGCUUCUGCAAAACGUUUAAAAGUAUCUAAAGUGAGUAGAUUGUAUUUUUAUUGUAUGACAGUGCUGACAGCUGUCGACUUUCUAUCGAGUUUGGAGUUAAUUUGCGAGCAGCUUGUAAAGCAACAUGUUUUAUGGGAAAAGAUCAUAGAGGUUCGUUAAACACGGUCUGUGAUUUAUGAAGCUGCUAUUUAAAUGUCAUCUUUAAAUCUUUAAUGACCCCGAGGUAUUUAAAACUGUUAACAAAAACAUCGGGUUGAUGAGAAAUACAGUUUUGUUUACAUUCAAGUGUAAACAUGAAUUAUUUAACCAGUUAGAAACCUGACUCAUGGAUGCAGUUGGUCUGUUUGCAGCUUGUUUGUUUUUAGCAUGCACAUAUCGAACCGUGUCGUCAGCAUACAGUCGUAUGUUGCUAAAGUCAGGGCGCUAACAUACAAGCUAAACAGCUGGGGCCUAGCAUUGACCCUUGGGGAACACCAAUAUUACAAUAUGUCAAUACGUACAGUUUGCUUCCUGUUAGUUAAAUAUGAGUUCAUCCAUUUAAUUGCAUCCUUGGAAAAAUUCAAAAAGGAAAGGUUUGAGAGGAAUACCUCAUGGUGUGUAUUAUUUAAUGAAAUACAUGCAAAUAUACUAAAUGUUGCCUUUUAGUUUGUGCUUUAACAUUUCCACUGUGAGCUUCCACAAAGAUGCUGACGUUGUGACAGCGUACAGCUGUUUGACCAUGUUGACUUCACUGGUCCUGGUGCAGGUUCUGGUUCUGUCUGUAAACUGUGAGCACCCCGCUUCCCCCAGUUAAUCCUCCUGUGACCCUUAGUGGGGCCCAGAGCCGCAGGUUUGAAACCACUUUACACCAAAGUGACGACGAAACACAGUUUGUAUUUUGUUUACAAUAUUAACAGCAACAACAAUGAUAAUAAUCUUUAACAUAUUUAUUACCAAAAUGAAGGAAACACGUUUCUUUGUUUCAGACGUGAACGACAGCUGAAAUCUUGUCUGAGUUUCUUCUUCUGGGCUUUUCCUGCUCUGAAUCAGUGAAGAAGAAGAUGAGGCUGAGGCACUGCGGAGGGUUCUCCAGCUGUUCCCUGGAGAACUUCUUACAGACUGAAACAUGUGAAAGCAGCCAAUCACCAGCGGGACUCCUUUAAUGCAAACAGAACCUUUGAGUCUGAAAUAAAAACAGUUGUAGAACCUCA